UGCGGUCAUGUGAUUAGCAGGACUCGGUUGUACAGCUAUAGCAGCGUAGGGAAGUGGAUGGACUUUAAACACGAAAAUACAUACAGGCGGCUGAAGAUCUCGAAUAAACGAGGGAGGGGGGUUUUGCGUUUAUGUUCGGCAAAUACCUACGAUGACUGAUUCAUCGAAUCGGUUAAGUUUUGAGAAGUUUGCAACGUGUUUUGCGAUGGCUCCGAGCAGCAAAGCCCCGUGUUUCCUGCUUGCCUUAUUUCUGUUGUGCAACCUUGGGCUCUCCAAGAGGAGAAACGCGCUUCUCAUUAUAGCCGACGACGCGGGCUUCGAGACUGAGGUGUACAACAACUCCGCUGUUCACACCCCUAACCUCCGGGCCCUUGCCGAGCGCAGCCUCAUUUUCCGGAACGCCUUCACCUCCGUCAGCAGCUGCUCGCCCAGCCGCUCCGCCAUCCUUACCGGCCUGCCGCAGCACCAAAAUGGAAUGUACGGCCUGCACCAGGAUGUCCAUCACUUCAACUCUUUCGAUGGAAUCCGAAGCCUGCCCUACCUGCUGGGGCAAGCCAACAUCCAAACAGGCAUCAUCGGGAAGAAGCACGUCGGUCCGGGGGAGGUGUACCCCUUCGACUUCGCCUACACAGAGGAGAACGGCUCGGUUCUGCAGGUGGGCCGCAACAUCACACGCAUCAAGCUGCUGGUCAGGAAGUUCCUGCAGGCGCGGCAUGAGGACCAGCAGCCGUUCUUCCUCUACGUGGCUUUCCACGACCCCCACCGCUGCGGCCACUCGCAGCCGCAGUACGGACCCUUCUGCGAGAAGUUCGGAAACGGCGACAGCGGGAUGGGCCGCAUCCCCGACUGGACACCUCGGCAUUACACCCCGGAGGAGGUCAAGGUGCCCUAUUUCACCCCCGACACCCCAGCUGCCCGUGCCGACCUCGCCGCGCAGUAUACCACGGUCAGCCGGCUGGAUCAAGGAAUCGGCCUGGUGCUGAAGGAGCUGCAGGAGGCCGGGUUCGAGAACGACACGCUGGUCCUGUACAGCUCCGACAAUGGCGUCCCCUUCCCCAACGGCAGGACCAACCUGUACUGGUCGGGCACUGCGGAGCCUAUGCUGCUCUCAUCCCCGGAGCACAGGCAGCGCUGGGGGGGGACCAGCGAGGCCUACGUCAGUCUGCUGGACAUCACACCCACCCUCCUGGACUGGUUCUCCGUGCCCUAUCCGGCCUACAGCCUGUUCCGGAAGCAGCCGGUGCAGCUGAGUGGGAAAUCCCUGCUUCCAGCGCUGAGCUCGGAGCCGCCCUGGGACACGGUGUUUGCCAGCCAGAGCCUGCAUGAGGUCACCAUGUCCUACCCCAUGCGCACCAUCCUGCGUGGGCCCUACCGCCUAGUGCACAACCUCAACUACAAGAUGCCCUUCCCCAUAGACCAGGACUUCUACGUGUCGCCCACCUUCCAGGACCUGCUGAAGCGCACGCAGGCGGGGCUGCCCACGGGCUGGUUCAAGACGCUGAGGAGCUAUUACUACCGAGAGCGCUGGGAGCUCUACGACAUCCGGGACGACCCACACGAGACCCGGAACCUGGCGCCGGACCCCGACCACGCCGACACCCUGCGCAGCCUGCGGGAACAGCUGCUCAAGUGGCAGUGGGACACCUCGGACCCCUGGGUGUGUGCCCCAGAUGGGGUGUUAGAGACCAAGCUGAGCCCGCAGUGCCAGCCGCUCUUCAACGACCUGUGACACAUCCCCCACCCCC